AUGAAACCUCAGGAAACAUCGGACCCUGAGGAGGCGCCUCGCCCGCCCUCCGACAUCACCGUGUUCGGGGCCAACUGCACCCUCCACGGCCUGAGCCACAUCUUCGUGCCGGGCGGGGUCACCCUGCGCCGCCUGCUGUGGGCCGCCGCCUUCAGCGCCUCGCUCUCCAUCUUCCUGCUGCAGGUGGCCGACCGCGUCAUCGAGUACUUCAGGUACCCCCACGUCACCAUCCUGGACGAGAUGGACAGCCCCGUCAUGUACUUCCCCGCCAUCACCCUCUGCAACUACAACAGCUUCCGAAAGUCACAGAUCCGCAGAAACGACCUCUUCUGGAUGGCAGGACUGCUGGGCGUGGAGCAGGGCGACUUCGACGACUUCAUGGCCGCCGUGGGCCAGCCCUCCGACAACAGCAAGUUCUUCCCGAGCAAGACCUUCAACAUGCUGGAGUUCGUCCAGCGGACGAGUCACAGCAUCGAGGACAUGCUGCUGGACUGCAAAUACCGAGGGAAGGACUGCGGGCCGGAGAACUUCACCACUAUUUACACUCGCUAUGGGAAGUGCUACACCUUUAAUUCGGGUCUAGACGGGAACCCUCUGCUGACCACUCUGAAGGGCGGGACAGGAAACGGGCUGGAGAUCAUGUUGGACAUCCAGCAGGACGAGUACCUGCCUGUGUGGGGCGAGACAGAUGAGACAUCGUAUGAAGCUGGCAUCAAGGUUCAGAUCCACAGCCAGGACGAGCCGCCGUUCAUCGACCAGUUGGGGUUUGGUGUGGCUCCUGGUUUUCAAACCUUUGUCUCAUGUCAGCAGCAACUGUUGCAGUACCUCCCCCCUCCAUGGGGGGACUGUAAGUCCUCGGCCAUGGACUCGGAGUUCUUCUCCACCUACAGCAUCACGGCAUGUCGCAUCGACUGUGAGACCCGCUACCUGCUGGAGAACUGCAAUUGCAGGAUGGUGCACAUGCCAGGUACGGCCACCGUGUGCACACCUGAGCAGUACAAAGACUGUGCCGACCCGGCUCUAGACUUUUUGGUAGAGAAAGACAACGAUUACUGUGUGUGUCAGACCCCGUGCAACAUGACUCGCUAUGGCAAGGAGCUGUCCAUGGUUAAGAUCCCCAGUAAGGCCUCUGCUAAAUAUCUGGCUAAGAAAUUCAACAAAACUGAGCAGUACAUCGGGGACAACAUCCUGGUUCUGGACAUCUUCUUUGAAGCUCUGAACUACGAGAAGAUCGAACAGAAGAAGGCGUAUGAAAUUGCCGGACUGCUCGGUGACAUUGGUGGUCAAAUGGGUCUUUUCAUUGGAGCCAGUGUUUUAACAAUACUGGAAAUAUUUGACUACCUGUACGAGGUGUUUAAGGACAAAGUUUUGGGUUACUUCAUCCGGAAGAAGCGACCGCAGCGCUGCCAGAGUGACAAUCUGGAGUUUCCAGAGAACCCAACCAGCCCCGGCGUCACGCCCAAUCAUGCCCCCAGAGCACCUGUGACACCCUCCGGAGUCACUCGGACAGUCUCGGAUUCACGCCGAACAUGUUACCUCGUCACCCGACUUUAGGAAACUUCGAGGAGUUUGCCUGUUGACGACAUAAAGGAGGCGGGGCUUAAU